UCGCAUUCGAAAAUAUACGCAUACGAAUAUGGUUUGUAAAUAUGACAACAUUGUAACGUAAUGUCAAAUUGGCAUUUUUACAAGUCUUUGUUUUUUUCUUGAGAUGGCAAACUUUGAUGAAGUAGCGUUGCUGGCUGUUAUUGAGAAUGAGGAAAGACAGGAAAUUGCAGCCGCAAAUAGAAGACACGUUUACAACAAUUACAAUGCCUUUGAUGAAUGCUGUGAUUCGUAAUUUUUUUUUUAAUUUUAGAGUUACUAAAGACGUGGCGCGAUUUAUAAUAAAUUUAGUUUCUCCAUAUUUACUUCCUCCUACAAGAGCUGGAAGUUUAGAUAAAACCACAAAGGUAACGUAAUUCUGGUUAUUUAGUUAUUUUGCAAAUAUUGGUAUUGGGAUAUUAAGAGUGAGUAAAAUGAAAUGUUUAAAUGUUUAGGUUUUGCUUGCCUUAAACUUUUAUGGUACCGGUAGUUACCAACGUCCAGUAGGAAAAAAUAUUUUUAUGGCAGUUUCACAGUCUUCUACAUCAAGAGCAAUUGAUGAAGUGACAAAUGCUUUAAACCACCAAGCCGUAUUUAAUCAAUGGGUACAUUUUCCAAGAAAUUUGGUUGAAUUAAGAAGUCUUAGAACUCAGUUUUUUAAAAAUCAAGGUUUUGCGGGAGUUAUUGGAUGUUUGGACUGUACGUACGUGGCUCUGUGGCCCCCUAAUAUUUUAAACGCUAAUAUGCCUGAACAUAUUUUUAUAUGUGACUCGGAGCUUCGAAUCUUAAAUGUUAACGCAAAGUUUCCGGGAAGCACUCAUGACGCACACAUUUGGAGGACCAGUAAUGUGCAACCACUUUUGACAAAUUUACAUCAAAAUGGACAUAAAAGUUUUUUCCUUCUGGGUAAUCUAAUUUAUAUCGCUUAAAUUUAUCUUCACUAAUCUAUGCUUAUUCGUGGCUUUUCAAAGGCGACAGUAGGUAUCCAUUAAGACCCUGGUUACUGACCCCAUUUUUAAAUGUAAACCCUGGAAGCCCUGAAGAGCGCUUCAACAGCCGCCACAAAAGUGUGCGAAGCCUAAUAGAACGAUGCAAUGGCGUUUUGAAAAUGCAUUUUCGUUGCCUAUUUAAACAUCGUGCAUUGCACUAUGCAUCACUGAAGGCAUCAAAGAUUGUCAAUGCUUGUGUGGUUUUACACAACAUUUGUCGGCACUUUAAUGUCGAAGAUUUUGUUGAUGAAGACAAUGCAGCAGGGCUAGAUUUUGGUAUUUACAAUGAUCUCGUGUAUAACCAAAACCCUGACGAACCACUUCGUGUCAAUAGAGAUGUUUUAAAUGGACGAAGAUUUCGUCAAAAUAUUGUACGAAAUUAUUUUACAUAAAUACAGAUUUUUGUCAAGGGUUUUAUUUAUACGUAGAAACAAGGUAAACUUCAAAAUAAUAAGAAACAGGCCAAAAACAAAAAUUAUGACAAUUUAUCAACAAUUUUUACUGUUUCCAUUCUUUAGUUGCCUCCGGAAUUGCAUUUAAAACUUCAGCAAUUUCUUGCCACUUUUUACUGGCAUCUUUUGCUGUUCAUUGUGCCGAAAAUUUGCCGCUUAACAGAUGAGGACUACUUUUAAUUAAGUUCACUAACAAAUUUUUUUGUUCCUGACUGCAGUGGCGACUUUUUUUCGCUGAAUUCGACUCCAUCUCACUAUUUAAAUAUGUAUUAUUUCGCCGAUGAUUUGACAGUAUGACAGUAAUUGACUUUUGAUAAUUAACACCCGCCUGCGCAAGUGCUAUUCGAUUGCUAUGCACCCACUCGAAUAAAUCCGAACGCAAAUCGUGCGAAAAUAUUCGCAUUCGAUUUCACUUAAACCGUGUGCGAAUUAAUGUAUUCGAAUCUGGAGAAUAGACCUCCUGUACAGGGUGCAGGUCGCUCUGCCUUGCAUCAUUAUACUACCUAAUCCUCAUUUUCAAACAAUAGCAUGUCUUUCUGUAAUCAUUAGUGGAUCAAACAAAGUACCGCCUCCUUAAUAAAAUUUAUCAAUGUCCCGCCUGUGCAUUUCGUAAAAAAUGCAUUGGAACAGUGAAUCCAUAAUUUCGCACGUUGUUAUGUGUAGUACGUCAACUUCUGGCGUUAACUGCUAAUAGUGUCAGGUUAUUAAUGAGCUGUCAACAACGACAAAGAAAAACGCAACUAACAAAAUCUCGACGGAAAGAUACAACAAAACACCAUAUGCAAUGGAUAUUUUGUAGUUUUGAAAAACAAUUUACCGUCAAGUGCAGGAUGUGUCAAAUAUUCCGCUCGAACUGUAGCGCUGACGAGAAUAACUUGAACUUUACAAAUGCCCAGGCGAGAUAAAGUGUCAUUCUAUUUAUUCUAUACAGACGGCGAUGAUACAAAGCUAGCACAACCCUUUCCACUAAUCGAUGCUUCGUUGAAGACCUCUUCUUGCUUAUUCGACCAUUCGAAAGUUACGUUCUUUCCAGUUAACUUUGUUAAGGGACGCUUAAUCGAAACAAAGUUCUACAUGUUUCUUCUGAAAAAGCUUGCCGACACUAACAAAUUGUCAAAUGUUACGUUUCCUGGAGUUGGAAACUUCUCCACAAACAUUGCUUUCUUACUUCCAGGCCUAAUGCCUUCUUGCCUUUCUUCAUGGCCUAGGUAAAUCAAUUCUUUCUUGAAAGAAGAAACGUUUCGCAAACUUUCUUCACUGGGAUCUGAACGUUUUUGACAGCUUCUGUGUCGGUUUCGAAAUCACAACAGACCCAAUACUUUGUUCGUAGUUCUUUGAAAUACUA